UAACUGACCUUGGCGUAAUAAUAUUGUUGCCGCAUCGAACUAAAAUGUGUGAUAAUCCGUCAAAUCUUGGUAGUUGAUCCAGUUAACAGUCGCAUAUUCUCGAAGGCAUCAUGGAAAUAAGUUUCCAGACAAAAAGGGCCCUAGUAACAGGUGCAAGUAAAGGAAUUGGCAGGGACCUGGUGAAGCAAUUGGCGAAGUGUGGUGCACAAGUUAUAGCAGUUGCAAGAAGUCAAGAACUUUUAGAAUCCUUAAAAAAAGAAGUCCCAUCGAUCGAGAUAGUCACAAUGGACAUCGGAGACUGGAACAAAACCCAACAAACGCUGAGUAAACUAGGUCCUAUCGACUUACUAGUGAACAACGCCGGUCUUGCUCUUCUAGCCCCUGUGACAAACAUCCCAGAAGACCACUUCGAUCAAAUCUUCAACGUGAACGUAAAGGCCGUGAUGAAUGUGACCCAAUGCGUAGCUAAGCAGCUGAUCGAGAGAAAGGCGCCAGGAUCCAUAGUCAACUUGUCUUCGCAAGCUUCCAUGGCGGGUCUCAAAGAACACGCUGUGUAUGCCGCCAGUAAAGGUGCGAUCGAUGCUUACACCAGGGUAGCCGCCUUGGAAUUGGGCCCCCACGGUAUAAGAGUCAACAGUGUCAAUCCAACUGUCAUUAUGACAGAUAUGGGUAAAGUUGCGUGGUCAGACCCGAAGACUUCCGACCCUUUGAAGGAUAAAAUACCAUUGAAAAGGUUCGGCGAGGUCCAUGAAGUCGUGAAUACAAUCCUCUUCCUUUUAAGUGAUAAAGCAAGCUUGAUCACAGGAGUCUGUUUACCAGUCGAUGGGGGAUACACUGCUGUAUAAUCAGCAGAAAAAAAGAAGAAUAUUACGAAUAUUUUCAUUCAAUAAAAAAUACUUCUAUAUUAUACAUAACAUGGAAUAAAUAAUCUCAUAAGCA